AUGAUUCAACGGCCAAUUUCAUCAAUGUGUUGUCAUGGAUCAAAGGGAAUGUGUGAAUAUUGUUCUCCGUUGUCGCCAUGGGAUGAGUCGUACAGAAAAGAGCACAGUAUAAAGCAUAUUUCCUAUCAUGUUUACUUGAGUCAGCAAAUGGCUCAACCGUAUCCGAGAGGUAUAUGUUCCAAGUGCCAACCACCACCAAUCACAUUGCAAUUGCAAAAAUUUAGAAUGAUUAAGCAUUUGGAAUACACCAGUCACUCAAUAUUGAAUGACUUUAUCAAUGUGUGGCGGGUAUCAGGAGUACAACGAUUUGGUUACUUGUAUGGGAGAUAUGAAAAGUUUGAGAAAGUGCCCAUGGGUAUCAAAGCAGUAGUUGAACCACCACAACUGGAUGAACUAGAUGGGGUCGCGUUGCUGGAUUGGCCCUAUGAACAAUUGGUUGAUGAAAAGUGCUGCUAA